UUUAUAUGGUGAUACGCUGUAAGAACCAGUCUCGACCUUGUCGACCAUGAAAAUUGAUGAAGUAAAGGAGCCCAUAGGAUUAUGCAGCCGACUUCAAACUGCUAUCUUUGACUAUGGUGAUUUUCUGACCAUGAAGACAAAUGGUGUCAUUCUGUCACUACGUGUAUUACCCAUAUCGGAUAAAGAGAGGGGAGAGAUGAUGGGAGAGAAACGAUUUAUGCAAUUAAUUAAUUAAUUGAUUUGCAUGAGCUAAACUUAAGCAUGGUUGGGGAAUAAUUGUCCAAGACAGCAGAAAUGACAUGAAUAGAAGCAAUUGCUCAAUACAGAUAAUUAAACUGCCAAUUCCAUACGAAUGUUAAAUGAAAAACGAUUAAUUUUGGAAUUUCAAUAAAAUGUGAUAAAUGGCCUUCUCUGGAUAAGAGAUGUAUUAAAUCGCAUUGGAUUAGAUCGUUAGAUUCGAGGAGCAUAGUCGUAUUAAUCGAUGUCGCAACCAGAGCCCGAUGAGAUUUGUGCGCAGAUUAGAUCCCACUCGUUCGGCAGUUUCGGAGCAUCAGUGAGAAACUUCGUGUGCUACCUAUCAAAGAGGAAAUUUUCAACCAUGGAUGGCCAAGAUUUCAAAGAUGUGGUAGUUGCCAAAAAUGAGAAACUAAUGGCCGCAUAUAAGGCAAAGAACUUCCCGGCUUGUGCGGAACUGUACAGCGAAGAUUGUCAGAUAUUUCCACCCGGGGCUCCAGCCACACCCGGGCGACAAGGCGUAAUAGACGUCUACUCUAAGACGUAUGCAUGUGGGGCAGAGACGCUGGUGAACAGUACAGACGAAGUGAUGUGUUGCGGUGAGUUAGGGGUCGAACUCGCAUCCUACAAGUUACUCAAGCCAUCGGGAAACAUCAUGGAACACGGCAAGGCCAUUGUGGUGUGGAAAAAAACAAAGGGAGAAUGGCUUCUACAUUGGGAUAUAUUUAAUGCUAACAAAUAAUAGAAGACUUAUACAUUAGCCUGAUAAAUUUAGAUAUUGUUCACAAUGGAGGCAUCACUUUCAUCCAAAGGCUAUGACCUGACGUAGCGUACACUUCAAAAAUGUUUGUGAAAUAUAGUUUAUAGUAAUCAUUAUUAGGAUAUGUGUCUCAUUAUGUUGAACAGUAAGUAGUCUUGGAAUUAUCCCAUAUACCCCACUUUACUAAAAAUCAAGUAACAAAUAUCUGAAAAAUAGGGAUGUAUUUAUUAAAUCAUAUCAGUCAGAGAAGUAAAUGUUCGUUUUCUUGGUAAUCUUCAAUUGUUCAAAAUAAAUAAUAAUCGUACAGUAGCAAA